AUGCCUUUGAACUCUCUUCUCGGCCAAGCCGGCCUCAGACUUGGUCCUCUCUUGCUUGAAACUCUCGUCAAGCACUACUUGGAGCGCAUAGUAGACGAACGCGGGGACGGAGUCACCGACUUGAGUCGUGACGAGUUGCUGUACGACCAGGCAUUCCAUGUCAUCAAGACUGAAAUGACGGACAGACAUACAGUAGAGGAACUGCAAGAGUUCUCAAACACCCGGACGCCUUCACCGCCAUGGACCCGCGUCGUUCGACUGCUCGUGCCCAUGUCCAGCUGCGAUGAAGCAGCUACGUACCUCAUCAAAGCACUGGGCGGAGAGGAAGUUACCAAACGGGUCGUUGGCGGGACGAAGUGGUGGCAGGUUCGCGGCGUCCGGGGGGUCGACGCAGAGUGGAUCACCAUGAAGAAGGACUGGAAAGAAGCGAAGAAACGAAGCAAAUCACAGCGGAGGGAGAACAGGUCGCGUUCUCGUCCACCACCGAGUGGCGAGACCGACGCUGACGAAGACAAGCCAGCCAUCUAUGAUCCGGAGAUGGACAAGAUGCGAUGUAUUCUUUAUGCACAUGGUGGUACGGGGUACUACUUUGGCAGCAUAGACCAAGAAAGAUACAGUCUUGAACGCUAUGCGCGCAAGAUCGGCGGUCGCGUCUUCGCGAUAAAUUAUCGUCUCGCGCCGCAAUACCCUUUCCCUUGUGCCAUUCACGACUUCCUCGCAGCUUACCUCUACCUUAUACGUCCGCCACCGGAAGCGUCCCAUAGCCCUGUGGACCCUGCCCAUAUAGUCGUCGCUGGCGACUCGGCAGGCGGCGGCCUGACCAUUGCCUUGCUGCAAGUAAUCCGUGAUACGGGUCUGCCGCCACCCGCAGGCGCUGUACUCAUCUCGCCAUGGUGCGACCUCACGCAUUCCUUUCCGAGUGUACACAUCAACAACGCCACAGUAAGACGUCCUCCCCCAUAUGGUCUCUCCUUCCACAAGCCAAGCAUGCUCUGGCCGCCCCCGCCGAACGAGCUGACCGCCGAGGUGCAGCACAGUAUCCGGACGCGCAUCCGCGAGGUCGUGCACCUGGGCAACUCCGCCGUGCCUGUCAUGUCGUCUCCGUCAUCUCCGUCAUUUCCAUCGCCUGCCGACGCAGGAUUGGCGCGGCCGUCCCACGAGUUUCGCACUGCGUCGGGCGAGACUGUCCACCUGGGUUCCACGGCGCACCUGCCGCCACCGCCACCGUCGACCGCCGUGCGCGACCAGACGAUUACGCUGCACACGGAGAAGGGCGAGACGCUGAAGAUCGAGGAGCAGGUGCAGAUGUACUGUCCAAACUACCUGCUGCGGCACCCGCUCGUCAGCGCGGUCAUGGGGCAUCUGGGUGGGCUUCCGCCGUUGUUCAUCAUUGCGAGUGAGAAAGAGGUUAUCAGAGAUGAGAUCGUCUACCUCGCGCACAAGGCCGCGUAUCCAGACAGGUUCAAGAUCAAGGACGAGGCGAAGGCGCUGUAUCCUGUGCUGGAGGGUAUAGAGUCUCGGUAUGGUCCGACGAAGGUGCACCUACAAGUUUGGGAUGACGCGGGGCACACGCUGCCAACCCUCUUCUCGUUCACGACGCCUGCGAAGUACUGUUAUCGCGCGAUAGCGACAUUCUGCAAAUACGCCACGGGCAUGCUGCCACCGCCGUCGCAGCUGCUCUCGCCGAGCGAUGUGCCACUGAUGAGCUCGCCCAUGAGCAGCCCGCCCGCCUCGCCGCUUUCGCCGGGCUUCGACUUUUCGUCAUCAUCGUCGUCUACGGUGAUCGCCGCUAGUCAUUCAUCUUCGUCGACGAUCCACGGACAUGCUCGCCCUGGGACGUCCGACGGUGUCGCGAACAGAUCGGGGCGUGGUUCGAGCAAGACAAGACAGGGAAGGUACACUGUCAGCGCAUUCUUCCAUCGACGUACCACACAUCUAUUUGCGGCACACGAGAGGGACGAUACAGAGUCCAGCGACGUCGCUGGACCUCGGUUUGGACUUGGACACGAUGAAUAUGGGGGUGUAGAGGGCGAGAGGCGCGCGGGCGAGUCGUCUGUAUAUGACAACGGCAUGGAAACGAUGAUUCGAGAACGCAUCUCCACGCGCGGCGUCAUCCGCCCUCUCGAGCCCGAGUCGGAGCUUCCCGGGCUUCAGCUACCUGAGGAGCUCAUCGGCGAGGUGUCUGAGCUCGUAGUGCGACGGUACUAUGCCGGGCGGGAGGAGUUUGGGCGGCGGUUCGCGAAGGUGUACAAGUCGGUCGAGAAGCAGCGCCGUCGGAACCUAUCGCGCCACACACACGACGCGCUACAGCAAAUGGCGCAUCUCCAGACGGUGCUCACGCCGGACAGCGGCGCGCAAGCGGAGCAGGAGCAGGGCAAGAAAGGCUCGGCGCGCACACCGAAGGGCAUCCAUGAGGGCCUGAUCAGUACGGGGAGCUGGGCGUGGGCGUGGGCACUCGACGUGGAUGAGGCUCCGCCGCCGAGCAGCAUCGUCGCUAGAAGGGAUACGGAGGAUGCGCGGCGGCUCAUGCGGGUCGCGGACCAGGCGUUCUUGAUGGAUGAACAUGCGAUGAGCGGGAACCACCUCUGGAACGUCAUUGUUGAGUUCUUGACAAAGUCUCCGGACAGACACGGGCGUGGACGUGAGUCCAAGCCUGUCCAGAAAGGUCCAGGAGAGAACGGUGCGGCUGAGGACGAUCCUGCUGAGGCGCCGGAGGCACGCCCAUCGAGGUUUUCGCGGUUCCUGGCUAAGCGUAGAGGUCGUAGUCAGUCUGCGGAGAAGGCUUCGUAA